AUGUGGCUAGUGGGUGACUUGACGCCCCCUCUGAGCGUCCCCACAGUGCUUAGCACUUUUAUCGUUUGCGUCAUAAGUUUUUACCUUUUUAAAUGGUUGAGUGGCGAUGGUAAUGUCCCCAUUCGAGACUCCUCCAAGAAUCACAAUUGGACCCCCAUUAAAAUCACCGCAAAGGCGUGGUAUUGUUCAAUUUGUGAGUCAUUUUUAAUCAACGGGAUUGGGGUUUAUUGUGACUGUUGUGGUGUCUGUGCCGACCCAGAAUGCGUUAAAAAGGCCAACGCGAAAUUGCAGUGCAAGGUCGUGACCAGUAAUAAUGAAAAUCAGGCGCACCAGUGGGUUAAGGGUAAUUUACCCCUGGGGGCUGUGUGUUGCUUGUGCAACGAGGACUGUUCACUGGAGCCCGGUUUGAUUGACUACCAGUGCUGCUGGUGUCAAAAAACCGUCCACACUGACUGUCUUCCCAAACUCCCCCAAGAGUGUGACUUUGGCCCCUUUAAAAACAUGAUAGUCCCGCCCUGGUGCGUGCAAGUGGCACGUCGCAAAGGCGCCCUCAACAAGCACCUCCUACUCCGGGGCGUCAAAGACCCCGGAUGGAAAAACUGGACGCCUUUGGUCGUAAUUGCGAAUAAAAAAUCAGGCAAUAGUGAUGGGGCCUUGCUAUUGUCUGAAUUCCGGAAAUACCUGAAUCCGGUCCAGGUCAUCGAUUUGAGUGCCCGGAAGCCGCCAGCGGCCCUGCAAUGGGCCGUGCUUUUGGCCCCUAGGGAAAUAAGGGUGUUGGUAGGGGGAGGUGAUGGGACAGUGGCCUGGGUCUUGACCACGUCACAUAAGCUAGAUUUAGACCCGGAGCCGCCUCUUGCGAUUGUGCCUCUAGGGACCGGAAAUGACUUAAGUAGGGUUCUGGGGUGGGGGAGGGCCAAUCCGUCUGAGUUAGAUGUGGGGGAGGUGUUGCAAAACGUGCAAAACUCACGAGUGGCGCAGUUGGACCGGUGGAGAGUUGAAAUAACGUCGUCAAGACACUUGGGGCUCCGAAUUCCCAACAAAACGCUCUACAUGUAUAAUUAUAUCGGGAUCGGGGUUGAUGCCCAGGUGGCUUUGAAUUUCCACAAGACCCGAGAUAGCCUAUUCUACGUGUUUGGGAGUAGAAUUUUUAAUAAAAUACUUUAUUUAUGUUUCGGGACGCAACAAGUGGUUACGUCAGAUUGUAAAAACUUGGAGCAAAAAAUCGACUUGUAUUUGGACGGGAAACAAGUCGAUUUGCCCGAACUGGAGUCGAUUGUUAUUUUAAACAUCCCAUCAUGGGGGGCGGGGGUCAAUUUAUGGGGUCUUUUGGGGAAUAACACAAAGCCGGCACAGUCAUACCACGAUGGUAUUUUGGAAGUUUUGGGAAUUUACUCUUCCUUUCAUAUUGCACAACUACAAGUUGGUCUUUCCACUCCACUAAAACUAGGUCAAGCAAAAACAGUUGAGGUACGACUUAAGUCCAAAUCGCCCGUUCAGAUCGAUGGUGAGCCUUGGGAGCAGCACCCUUGCGUUAUGAAAGUGACUUUGGUCAAUAAAUGUCCUGUACUUAUUAAUCCGAGUAGAAGUUAGAAACAAAUGCAUUUACCUAAUUAAGCAUUUACUCCCAGUUUCUUGCCGUGAUACUUAAGGUUUUUAACGUUUUUAAUAUUCCAGUACAAAUUUUUAUUUUGUGUUGAAAAUGUAUAUCUUUAUGUUGUAAUAAAUCGAAGAAAAAGUA